CUACCGCCAUAGUGCUUCGCGGGCGAGCGUGGUGUCGACUUUUUGGAAAACUUGAAGGAACUAAACUUCGCUAUACUGGACGCCAUUUUCCGCGUUGUUGAGUGAUUUUAUCUUGGCCAAACUGUUUGUUCCUUAACACCUUCAUAGUGACCGCUUGAAGAACACGAUACGAGGACAAUGGCGAAAUUAAGGCUAGUACUUGGCCUUUUGGUAAUAUGCACAGCAGUAGCUCCAGGACACCUUUUUCCCAACGCACCCGCCAUCUUUUCAGAGCAGGAAGAUCCGGCCACAGAGAACUGGAUAUCACGCCUUUACAAAGACAAACUGGCAGGCUACAACAAGGAAGUACGACCAGUCAAGAACCCCAGUCACAACACGACUGUUUUCUUGGGUCUUUAUCUGUCUAGCCUCGAUGUGGAUGAUGUAAAGCAGCAGAUGACAGUCAAUGCAUGGUCAAUUAUGACAUGGACAGACGAGUACCUCAGCUGGGAGCCUAAAAAUUACAUGAAUAUUGACAGAGUCCACUUUGACCAGACAGAUGUUUGGACUCCAGACAUAGCUGUGUUCAACAGUGCUGAGUCAGGUAGCGUUGUUCCAUUCGUCAAAGUUCCAGUGAUCUCAGAUUACCUAGGCAGGACUUACUGGUUCCCACCGACCCACAUAACUGUCAACUGUGACCUCAACAUUUCGGAAUGGCCCAGCGACCAGCAUGAGUGCCUCGUCCGAAUGGGGUCCUGGUCCCACCAUGGGGAGCAAAUUGAUAUUCAAAUCAUCAAACAUAAUGAAACUACAGACGUGAUGAUGAGCAACUACGAAGCAAACAAUAACUGGGAACUUCUGAAUGUCACAGCCUCGAGGGAAGUUAUUACCCUCGAGGAGGCCAAGGAGAGGUACGUUGAGGUCAACUUUGCCUUCAAGGUCAAGCGAUUAGCCAAGGCUCAUGCUACCUACAUUACAACUACUGCAUUAGUUGUUAUGAUUGUCGUCCUCCUGACUUAUGCGUUGCCACUAAGCAGCUUCUUCAGCAGACUCAUCAUGCACCUCUUUGCUCUGGGCAUACUCAUUGGCUGCUAUCUAACCCUGUUUAGCAAUCUCCCAAAUAAUGGUGGACCUGUGCCUUUCGUAGUCCGCUACUACUCUGGUACAACGGUGCUGACCCUCAUCUCACUGGUCUCGACCUUAUUCCUGACAACUCACUCCUGCUGUGACUCCAGCCCUUCCAGCAACGUCGGGAAGAGAGUCGUUGGAAUACUGGCUUCUGCACCUGGCCUGCGAUCAGUCACGACCCCUGAGCAAUCUUCUUACAACCAGCUGGAGGGGGAACUGGACCUGGAAGAGGCUGGGAGAACAGAAACAGACGCAUCGGCGAAAAAGAGCUCUGGUUUCGCAGCCAAUCAAAUAAGGCGCAUCAUCAACUUCCUCUUGCUGGUCCUGUUCACCAUCGCCUUCUUCGUGGACUACUUCGUCCUCAGAUCUGUUACCAAAUAAUGGGUGUAGUGUGGGCCUCUUGGACAUGAAGAACAAAUUGUGAUUGUACAAACCUGUGUGUGAUCCACAACUGCAGGAUGUCGUGUUGCUAUAUUUAAGUUUCCUUCGGCUGACUGUGACAUAUAUGUAGGCUAGCUGAAGCUCUUGUCUUGGAUUUCAUAUGCCUAAUUUGUUUAUUACUUAAGAAAUUAAUGUUGCUUUUACAAAACCUUACUUAUGACUUCAAGGUCAGUUUUGCUUCUAUUGAAUUAGUAAUAAAUAUGAAUUUUCCUCCUGAUUAGUCAUAUUUUAAUAAAAAUA